CUACAUACAUAUUUAGAACCCGCAAAUGACGUACUAUUUAUGGAUAAGGUUUGAAUCAACAGAUUAUGUAUAUCGGGUGCCGGAUUCACAUGACUCACCACUCAACAUUAUUUUAUUCAUCACCUUUCAGUUUAUCCUAUGAGUUUGUCUAUACUCCUCAUCCUCAGUGUCUAUGUGUUGGUGUAGUGAAAAAGUUCACAAAACAAAAAUUUAGAAAAGUGUAAAUAAAAAUAGUCUGUUGGCUGUAUAUUUUUUAACAUUAGAGAGUUAAAAUCGACAAAUCGUUAGUGGUGUAAUAAUCACUUCGUAUUCGCAUGUUAAAGAUUUUAAUAAUGUUAAAAGGAAAACAAAAAUCUUCGGUAAUAUUUUUCCGUUCGAAGUGGGCAUGUUAUUCUAGCUACAAAAAGGAAAUUUUACCAAGGCACAUUAAAAAAAUUUAUUUACCCGAUCCUACAAAAACAAAGAAACUUAAUAAUCAAAUGGCCAGUGAUAAUGGACAUGAUAUUCAAGAUCAAUCAAUGAAAACAAAUGAAUUUAAUAUACAGAUGUUGUCUCGCUCUAUUUACAAACAAAUUUUUAAGAAUAACAACAAAUAUUUAGCAGAUAGAUCUGUAAUUGAUCAUUGUUUAAAUACACUAAGGGCUCACGGAUUGUUGCAAAAUUUUAAUUGUAACAACCUGGCAGAUGUUGAUUUUAAAUUACCUCCUUUGAAAGGAAAAGAUUUAAUUGAACAUUUUUACUUAAUUGGAGAAGAACAGGCAAAGCCAUAUAAAGUUCUUUUGGAUCAGCUUUUGAUUUCAAUUCCUCCAAUGCCAAGAAAAUGGCUUAUGAAGCCUGGAUGGAUAAGAUACUACAAAGAUAGUAAGCCUGAAUGUGUACCAUAUCCUUUAGAAAAUGUAUUUGUUUUUGAUGUUGAAGUAUGUGUUAAAGCUGGAAAAUUACCUACAUUGGCAACUGCUGUAAGUGACAAGGCAUGGUAUGCAUGGGUAAAUGAAGUAUUAACUGAGAAUGUUGAGAAACCAAUUAAAAGUACUCAGCUUUCUUUGAGUGAUCUUAUUCCAAUGGAAACUGAUGUGUGGCUGAGUAACCAUAAAAAACAAGCCAGAAUAAUUAUAGGUCAUAAUGUUUCAUAUGAUCGUGCAAGAAUUAAAGAACAGUAUUACUUAAAACAAACAGAUAUGAGAUUUUUGGAUACAAUGUCUUUACAUAUUUCGGUUAGUGGAUUAACUAGUUCUCAAAGAGCCAUUCUUAAAUCUGAGAAAUUAAAAUUAGAAGAUAGUGAAUGGAAAAAUUACACUUCUUUAAAUAGUUUAAGGGAAGUUCAUAAACUGUACUGUGGGACAUCAGUUGAAAAAGAAACAAGAGAUUUAUUUGUUAGUGGAUCUCUGUAUGACAUCCAAAAACAAUUCGAUAAAGUAAUUACGUACUGUGCCAAGGAUGUUUUGGCAACAUAUAAUGUGUUUAAAGUUCUGUACCCAAUGUUUUUAGAGAGGUUUCCUCAUCCUGUUACAUUUGCAGGAAUGAUUGAAUUAAGUACUGCUUAUUUACCUGUUAAUGAUACAUGGGAAAGGUACAUUGCUGACUCUGAACAAACCUACGAAGACUUGCACAUUGAAAAUAAUAUGUUGCUGGCUAAAAGAGCAGAUGAAGCAUGUCAGUUGUUUCAUAUGGAACAGUACAAGAAUGAUCUUUGGAUGUGGGAUCAGGAUUGGUCAGUUAAGGAGUUAACAUUGAAAAAAACACGAAAUCUGAAGGUUGACAGACAGGUUGACAGGUUGAAAGAUAAUACAUUUGUUAGUAUGGAUUUAAAAGAUGCAAAAGAUGUAGAAGAGAAUGAGGACGAGGAAUUGACAUGUUUAAAGACAAAAUUUGCUUAUUUAGAGAAAAAGGUUGAAUUAUUGCCAGCUGUAAAAUCCGUACUUCCUGGUUAUCCAAAGUGGUAUAGAAAACUGUGCACUAAACCAGAUUUGUCUGCUACUUGGACUCCAGGCCCCCAGUUAAUUAGUACCUCAAUGCAAAUUACACCAAAAUUGUUGUGUUUAACGUGGGAAGGUUAUCCAUUACAUUUUAUAAAAGAAUUGGGUUGGGGUUUUUUAGUACCUUUCUCUUAUGAAAUGAAUCCAGUUGGAAAAAUUCCUUUGGAAAAACUUGUUAAUAAAUGCCCCCUUUCUUUAAAGAACAAUAAGGCGAAACAUAUUUCAAUUGAUAUAUGCCAAGAAGUUGAUAGAAAAAUAUCAUGUAAUUAUUACAAAUCCUUAAAACAAAAUAAAAUAUGUAAUACAUAUAGUGGCUCUGGUAUACAAUGCAACAUGGUUCUUGAUGAUUGUUGUUGGUUUAUAAAAUUGCCCCAUAAGGAUGGAUCAUCGCAUAGAGUUGGAAAUCCUCUAGCUAAAGAUUUUCUGAGUAAAUUUUAUGAGAAUGUUUUAUCUGGAGAUACAGAAGUAGCACAAAAGGUUGUUUCUAUUUCAAAUCAAUUGUCUUAUUGGAAAAACAAUAAAGCAAGAAUUAUAGAACAAAUGGUAGUAUGGCUAGAACGAAAAUUUUUACCCCCACAACUGAAAAAUGAUGAAAAGAAGUAUGGUGCGAUAAUACCGCAAAUAGUUGUUUGUGGAACUUUAACUCGAAGAGCUGUUGAACCUACUUGGAUGACAGCUUCUAAUGUUUAUCUAGACAGAAUUGGUUCGGAAUUGCGCUCAAUGGUGCAGGCUCCAAAGGGUUAUAAAAUAGUAGGCGCAGAUGUUGAUUCUCAAGAACUCUGGAUUGCUUCCAUAUUAGGAGAUGCACAUUGUGCAAAACUCCAUGGUGCUACACCUUUCGGUUAUAUGACAAUUAGUGGUAAUAAGGCCGAUGGAACUGAUAUGCAUAGCGUAACCGCUAAAGCUUCUGGAAUUUCUCGGGAUCAAGCAAAAAUUAUUAAUUACGCUAGAAUUUAUGGAGCUGGUCAAAAUUUUGCAGAACAACUCAUAAAACAGUUUAAUCCAACUAUGUCAAAACUUGAUGCACGAAGCAAAGCAAUUAAAAUGUUUAAUUUAACUAAAGGAAAAAGGGUUUAUAGAUUAAAAAAAGAGCAUUUAUUAGAAUUACCAGAUAAAUUGUACGGGCGUUGGGAAGCCCAAGAGUUGGCAAAAAUUCAUAAUAGAACUUUAGAUGAAAUGUUCUACAAACCUAAGUGGGUAGGAGGCACAGAAUCUGCCAUGUUUAACCGUUUAGAGGAGAUUGCAAAUGACCCUCAACCUACUACCCCAUUUCUUAACUGUAGAUUGAGUCGUGCUCUUGAACCGAAAUUAUGUGUUGGUGAUCAAUUUUUACCAACUAGAAUUAACUGGAUUGUUCAAAGUGGCGCAGUUGACUUUUUACAUUUGAUGUUAGUUUGCAUGCGUUGGCUUAUGAACGAUAAAGCACGAUUUUGUUUGAGUUUUCAUGAUGAAGUGAGGUACUUGGUAAAAGAAAAUUACCAAUACAAAGCAGCUUUAGCUAUGCAUGUUACAAAUCUUUUAACCAGAGCGUUUUGUUCAUUGAAAUUAGGCAUAGAUGAUUUACCCCAAUCAGUUGCCUUUUUCUCCUCUGUUGAGGUGGAUUCAGUAUUAAGAAAAGAUUCAAAACAAGAUUGUAGAACGCCAUCAAAUCCCCAUGGACUUCAGAAAGGUUAUGGAAUUCCAUUUGGAGAAUCACUAGAUAUAUAUGAAGCCAUAAAAAAGGCUAACGGACAUUCAGAAUGGUGGAAAGAUAUGAAAAGUGAUGUCAAAGGCAACAAAAAGGAAACAUGUACAAAUGGAGGUUCUUCAGGAUGACUUUUCUUUGCCAUCUAAAAAUCAACAGAUAGUAAGAGUCAUUUCUAGUAAAGGAAACAACCUACAUGAAGUUGAGUCUUCCGAGGGAUCUGUU